ACUUCUUGGACAACGUGAGAUACUGCAGUGAGUUCUGACAUAAGUCAAAUCUGUGAUUAUUUUUUUUACAAUGCUCACUCUGUUAUUUUAUAAAUCUACAAGGAGCAGGAGCAGGGACACGCAGACGCUUUAUAGUCAUGCUGCCCUAGAUGAGCUUAUUCUGUUUUUGUAAAAUUUACACCUCACAAUAUGCCAAAAUUAUGUCUGGAAUCUUUUACAGGUCUCUCAACAUGUCACAAAGAUGUCCAUAUCUUCUCAUGGCUCUAAUGUUUUAUUUACCCUGCAUAUGUGGAUCAACUACAGAAACCACGGAAGUCACUACAUUGAACACGACUGUGACUACAUCCACCUCAACGGUGGAAACUACAAUUUCAGAAAUGAUAACAGAAACAACAACAGAUAUAUCAACCUCAACAACCUUAACAACACCAGAUACAUCAAGUGAGUCAACAACAAAUCCCACUACAACUGAAACAUCAAUUUCAACAAUGGUCGAUGCAUCGCAUGAUUUAACAUCCGAACAGAGUACAACAGCCAGCACUACUCUUUUAGAUGCAAUAACUGAUUACUUAACUUCAAUAGAAACUACCACAGUAACAACAACAACGUCUAUAACCGAUUUCACGACCAAUUCUGAUACAAUAACAGAUUAUUUAACUUCAGCAGAGACUACCACAGAUACAGCAUCAACGUCAAUUAACGACUUGACAACAAUGUCAGACACAACAUCAGAUCUUAGCACAAAAGCAGAAACAGACUUACCAUCCACUUUCAAAGAUAUGAAUGAUACCAGCUCAUUGACUGACACCACAGAAACGUUUUCCAUUUCAGACACCUCAACGAGUGUCCCACACAUUGAUAACACAUCAAUAUCAACUACUGCAUCCUCUUCACCUGAAUCUUCCCCUUCAACUGCAACAAUUGUCGGUGCUGUCGUUGGUUCUAUUCUAGGAGCUCUUCUACUUUCCGCAGCUAUUUUCUUAGUUUGGAAAUGCAGACAUAGACUACGUUCUACCACGUCAGGCAAGGGCACACAAUCGUUCUCCUAUGAUGAGCUGGACGUGAAAGAUGUCCGGUCUGUGAAUGAGACUCCAUACAAUGAAUUACACGUAUACAAUAAUAUUAGUGCACGCCCAGUCAGUGCAACAAGGGACAGUGAUUAUUUAAAUCCAGUUGAGAUUUUGCCCGGACAUAGUUCUCAUCAAGUUCAAUCGACUUCUAAAAUCAUACCCGAAAGAACUUUAAGUGACGCAUACAGCGCUUUAAGAGCCCCCUCCGUUUCUAUUGAGGACACAUACAACGCUCUAAGCAAUGAAAAUCCCAUCAAUCAUUACGAGUCAUUGAAUGGGCUUGCUAAUAAGUUCUCUGAUCCCACUGGCAUAUACGAUCAGCUUCAGGUUACAACAGAUGAGACUCAGAUUUACAACAGGGUGGAUACAAUACUAUAGCAAGAUGUUACUGCUACAGUUAAGCCAGUUUUGUAAUCAAAGGGUUUUAAUGUGUGACUCCAACUUUAAAUUUAAUUCAGAGAAAACAUAGGGGGCUAUUGUAGCGGAGGAAUCUAUGAAAAUAGUCCAUUAGCAUCUAUGUGAAUAUGUAUAUUAAGAUGUAUAAUUUUACCCCAGUGCCGCAGUAACAACACUUAUACAGUUUUAACAUCCUCCUGCUACUCUAGAGGGGCGGUGGCUGAGCGGUAAGGCGCUUGGCUUCUGAACCAUGACCCGGGGUUCGGAUCCUGGUGAAAAUUGGGAUUUUUAAUUUCGGGAUCUCUGAACGCCUCUAAGUCCAUCCAGCUCUAUUGGGUUUCUGACGUUAGUUGGGAAAAGUAAAGGCUGUUGGUCGUUGUGCUGGCCACAUGACACCCUAGUAAACCGUAGGCCAUCUGCCACAAGGUCUGAAAGAGGGGAUUAUUUUUACUCAUCCUUGCUACUUUAGCAAAACAUCACUACGCUUCUAUGUAACCUACACACUUCUUGUUCAACAGUACCGAAAUGUGAAUGUUUGUAUUUCAUGCAUUAUUUCCAUGGCUCCAUGGCUACUAUGCGACAAUUUAGUUCUGCAGUUUUACUUGUGACAAAUGUAUGAAUAAAUUACGAAAUCUCAGGUUAAUGUGGCUUUCGCUUUGGUAGUAGAAAAGUUGGCCAUUUUCCGUGUGGCACGCUUUUCUUCAAGAGCUGAGGCCCAUGUUUUCUCGCUGUCUAUAGCUUUCUUGGUCAACGUCUCUCUUCAACUAUUGCGGUCUAAGGCUAUGUCUUCCCAGUUUCGAUGCGGAGACCAUGGCAGUCUGCGAAGACUUAAAAGUCAUUGACUCUCAACUCGGCGAGGGACAUUUGAGGGCAACACAGAUUUUUGUGGUCACUGACUCAAAAUCUGUACUACAGGUUUUGCAAAGCCCCAGACCAUGGCCUCCCAAUAUCGACACUGUCAUCAUGGCUUCACACAACAUAAAACAACGCUAUGGCACCCCUGUAAUAAUGCAGUGGGUACCGAGUCACAUAGGUGUGACUGGCAACACUAUUGCAGACUCCUUGGCCCACCAGGGAGGGCAAAUUCCACCCACUGAACAGGCUGUAAGUUUUCAUCAUGCUCUGGCUAUAAUUAAAAAAAAAUAGAAAUGGAAAAGUGGUUUGAUUGCUGGGACAAGUCCCAAAAAAAGCCCGUGGAGUCUGGUGGGAGCGCAUGAGGCGCUCUGACCGCACUUCCCCGUGGUGGAGGCUGUCCAGGCCUGAGCAAGCUAUUAUAGCACAGUGCAGGACAGGCCACUGUCCUGUUGGCUCAUAUUUAUCACGGCUAUGGCCAAUUUUCGAUUCACGGAGCCCCAGCUGCUGUUUGACUGCACCAGACUUGCUGAUCUCCGUCUCAACAGGUCUGGGAAACCAAAAAUAAGGGGGCUGUGACAUCGCCAUUGUGGUUCAUUUUUUACACCAAUGAUUUUCAAUCCGAUAGUCCUUUUUGCUCCUUUACAAAAUUCGCUGAUGAUGCGGCUCUUCUUGCCCUGCUCUCAGAGAGCUCAGGUGUAAAUGAGUAUUUCAAAGAAAUAGAACACAUUGAAAAAUACUGUAAAGAUAAUUUUUUAUUAUUAAAUGUAAAAAAAACAACAAAGAAAUGAUAAUCGAUUUUCGUAGGGACAAGAAGGAAAAUGAUAUUGUUUCUGUAUCUGGAGAGACUAUGGAAAUAGUGCAAACCUUUAAAUACCUUAGUACUAUCCUAGACAAUAAACUAAAUUUUACUGCAAAUACUGAUUAUAUCAGCAAAAAAGGGUAGCAAAGAUUACGAUAACUAAGAUAACUGUCCUCGUUUAAUGUUAGCGAAAAGGCCUUGGCUAUGUUUUACCACGCUCAUAUCUGCAAUAUUUUAAGUUUCAAUAUCACUGCCUGGUAUGGCAAUCUGAGCACUAAAAAUAAAAAUAAACUUUAUAGAAUCCUAAAUGCUGCUGGUAAAAUCAUUGGCAAAAAACAAACCCCAUUUGGGCAGUUGUUUGAGACAAACGUCUAUAAAAAAGCUAACAAGAUCCUCGAAAUAAAGAAUCACCCUUUGUGUCAGCAUUUUGUGAUUUUACCAUCACAAAAGAGAUACAAGACACCGAUAGCAAAGAUAAACAGACACAAACACUCUUUUGUUCCCCUGGCAAUCAAAUCAUUAAAUAAGAACAAUCUGGUAUAAACUUUGUCACAUGUAAAUUAUGAGUGAGUCUGGUGUGAAUGUACACUUUGGUUUCUUAUAGUUAUAAUGUUUUUUGGUUGGUGUAAUGCACAAAUUGUAAAUACAAAUUUCCAUACGGACAAUAAAGUUUAUUAUUAUUAUUA